GCGAGAGAGCGUGAAGUUCGCACUCGUUGAUAAAAAUGAUUUUUAGUGAAAGAAAAAUGUUUUUAUUUCUAUUUUUUAUUAUAAGUUCAGUGAUCGCAGAAAAUUCAUUGCCGGCUGAGUUUACAAGAUGUCGACAGAACGACGUCGCCAUCGAUGAAUGCCUCAAGCACGCGGUGCCCGACGCGCUCAGGAAGAUGAAGAAAGGUAUUUCAGAACUUGCAGUACCUCCUCUAGAACCAUUAUCAGUGUCAGGUAUGAACAUAGAAGCUGGCGCCGGACCCGUCGUCAUCGCCCAGAAUUACAAGAAUAUUCAGUUGCACGGUCUAACUGAUACCAUUGUUACUCAUUACAAGACAGACUUAAAGCACUAUAGACUACGGACGGAGACGGUGACACCUAAAAUGGAGUUUAUCGCAGAUUAUGUCAUGAAGGGCAGAAUCCUAGUUCUACCCAUACAGGGAAAGGGCAUUGCUAACGUAACUAUGGUAAACCUGGUAGUGAAGCACGAUCUAAUAGGCGAACCAAUAGUAAGAGACGGGGAGACAUACAUGCGAAUUCGCGAUUACCGAGUAAAGUUUAUUCCGAAGAAAGUCUAUUUGAAUUUCUCCAAUUUGUUUAAUGGCGACAAACGACUGGGCGAUCAGAUGAAUUUGUUCCUGAACGAAAAUUCAGAUUUGGUGUUCAAUGAAUUAAAAGACGCCUAUGAAAAGAGUUUAAGUUCAGUGUUCCAAGAUGUCGCUAACAAAAUAUUUAAUGCUGUACCAAUGAACAAAAUAUUUCCUGAGGAAUAGACUGUGAUAUUAAUUUUAAGAUAUUCCGUUACGUCACGUAUACUUUUAUGUUUCAUCUCUUUUCGUCAAAUAAACUUCAGAUUUAAUAAAACGAGACAAAACAAAAAUACGUUUAUGUAUAAUGGUAAUAAUGUAAGGAAUUCUAAUAUAAUAAGCCCUUAGCACAUGGUCUUCAACAUUUUAACUAGAGUGCGCUGGCUGUAUUUAUUACUGCUUUAAUUAUUUUUAAGUAAAUAAAAGACUACAUAAGAA